AUGUAUAUGAACAUUGAAGCUCACACAAGAGUAACUCAGUGUACUCCUUUUCAGUUUCUGCCGGAGUGGGAGAUCCCCGAUGGUGACGAGAGUCCACAAGACCCACUAAGCAUUGCUAAAGAGGAGCUCAGUCAUGAAGUGGAGUCAACAAGCAGUGACAUUGAACUGAAAAGUGCUAUCCCAGUUGGCAUCGAGAAUGACAAUGGUAUUGAUAACAGUGACAGUUUGGUUCCCAUUGUUUCACCGGUUGAAGGAACAGGCAACAGGAUACAAAACACCGUCAUGCAGGAAGCAUUGUGUGGGAAUAAAACUGGUGAACGGCACCUGCAACACUGGUGUAACAGCUGCAAAAAGACGUUUACACAGUUGCAAGACCUGAAGGAUCACUCACAUGUGGACACAAGUGAAGUUCUGCAUUCUUGCAACGUGUGCCACAAGACAUGUACUACAAGCGCUACUGUAGAGAGACACUUCCACCUGCACACUGGUGAGCGACUCUACACCUGUCGCAUUUGCAACCAGACAUUUACACAAAGUAGUCAUCUUAGGCAGCAUUCAAAUCUGCUUAGUAGUGAAUUCACCUACAGCUGUGGAGUUUGCAGUGAGACAUUCACAGAUAGGGGCAGUCUGAUGCAGCCUUCAAAGGUACAAGUUGGUGAACGUCCCUACAGCUGUGGUAUAUGCAACAAGACAUUCACAGAAAGGGGUAAUCUGAAGCAGCAUUCAAAGGUGCACAGUGGUGAACGCCCCUACAGCUGUGGCAUAUGCAACAAGACUUUCAAACUAAGUUCUCAUCUGAAACGACACUCACAGCAGCACUCUGGUGAACGCCCCUACAGCUGUGGCGUAUGUAACAAGACUUUCAAGCAAAGUUCUCAUCUGAAACGACAUUCACAGCAGCACAAUGGUAAACGCCCCUACAGCUGCGGCAUUUGCAAUAUGAUGUUUACAGAAAGGGAAAAUCUGAUGCAACAUUCAAAGCUACACAUUGGUGAACGCCCCUACGGCUGUGGCAUAUGCAACAAGACAUUUGCAGAAAGUGGUUAUCUGAAGCAGCAUUCAAAGGUACACACUGGUGAACGCCCUUAUAGCUGUCUCAUAUGCAACAAGACAUUCACAGAAGGGGGUAAUCUAAGGAAGCAUUCAAAAUUGCACCUUGGUGAACGUCCAUACCGUUGUGAUGUUUGCAAUAAAACAUUUACACAAAAUGGUAGCUUGAAGAUGCACUCGAUGCUCCACACUGGCGAACGGCCAUACUCGUGUGGCGUGUGUGGCAUGUCAUUCAGGAGGCAUGCUGACCAGAGAAAACACAUGCAAAUGCACACUGAUUUGGCAUUACAUAGUGAAGCAGUUAUGGAUAAGGAUGAUGAUGAUGAUGAUGAUGAUGAUGAUGAUGAUGAUGAUGAUGGCUUGUGCAACAAUAGUUAG